AUGGAUUUGAUAUCAACUUCAUCUGAGAGUGGACAACUGAGUGUUGAAGCUUCAUCACUGAUUCAUGCUGAGAGUGGACAACUGAGUGUUGAAACUUCUUCAAUGAUUCAUGCUGAUAGUACUCAAUGUUACUCCCCUAGCAAUGAAGAAUCAUGGAAGUCUUUAGUCUUUCAAUCUAUUAAAGAGAUUGAAGAUUUUUAUGGUAAUUAUGCAUAUAACACUGGAUUUUCUAUUAGGACUAUGUUGAAGUCGAAGAUUAAUUCACAAAAUAAGAAAUCAGAUAAGGUACAUUAUGUGCGUUAUGUUUGUAACAAACAAGGUUUCAAGAAGGGAAGUUUGCUUAAUACUAACAACAGGUCAACAUCAGACAGUCCACUGGUUAUUGAGUUUGUGAAAGUGAAAGAAAAACCUGAGGAAAGGGUCGGUUGUAAAGCUGGAAUAUAUUUGAAGCUGGAUGAAGUUUUGAAUGUGUAUAAGAUUUAUAGAUGGGAUGUGUCUCACUGUCAUCCAUUACAUAAACCAGAGCAUUUGUGUUACCUGAGAUCAUUUAGAGAAGUAAAUGAAGUUCAAGGACAACUAGCUCUAAUAAAUUCUAAAGCUGGAAUGUCGAUGAGAACGUCUUAUGAAGUUCUUGGUCAAGGAGUUGGAGGUACGGAGAAUCUUCCUUUUCGGUUUUCAGACUUAAAGAACUAUCUAAUGACAAUUCGUCAAAAGGAGAUGGUGGUUGGUGAAGCAACUGUAAUUCAAGAAUUCUUUAGAAAUGAAGCUCUCUCGAAACCAUCUUUUUACUAUGAUAUCCAAGUUGAUGCUGCAGAAGACAUAGCUAGCAUUUUUUGGGCAGAUGGAAUUAUGCAACUAGAUUAUUCUCUAUUUGGUGAUGUCAUCAGUUUUGAUACAACUUACCGAACAAACAAUCAAUAUCGGCCAUUAGCUGCCUUUAUUGGUUUUGACAAUCAUCGCAAGAGUGUUUUAUUUGGUGCUGAGCUAUUGUACGAUGAGACAGCAGCUACUUUUGAUUGGUUGUUUACAAAAUUCUUGAAGUGUGUUUUUCACGGGCUUUGUUCAUGGCACAUGGCAGAGAAUGCAAAGAAAAAUCUUGGCUCUCGUGCAAACAGUGCAUUUUUCGAUGAGUUAACUAAUUUGGUUUCAAAUGUAGACGAUGAAUCAGAUUUCGACUAUAAUUGGGAUCAGAUGAUGAAAAAUUGUUUUAAUGGAAGGCCUACUUUAGACUUUAGGUGGCUUGUCCAAACUUACGGAAAUCGUAUGCAUUGGUCUUCAGCUUGGGUCAAGUCACAUUUUACAGCUGGUCUGAAAACAACUCAGUUAAGUGAGUCUUUCAAUGCUUUUCUUCGUGGAUUUCUGCAGCCAGACCAUUCACUUGUUCGAUUCUUUAGUCAUUUCAACAUUAUGGUUCAGAGAAUGAGAGAUAAUCAUGCUGAGUUGGACUUCAAGGCUGAAAACACUAGAACAAAAAAUAAUUAUCCCAAUAGUCAGCUGAUGCGGUCCGUUGUCAACAAGUAUACACCAACUUGCUUUGCAUUUAUUCACAGGCAGUAUGACCUUUCCUUCAAAUACUAUCAUGAGGAGGACAAAACAAAAUGGUCUGCCUUUAACAAGUUUUUCAAAGUUUUCACAAUUGAAAAGGUUGAUGAUAAUUAUGAUGAUGUUGAUAAUGAUAAUGACGGGCCUUCCAAUGUUGAUGUUUUGGAUGCAGAACUUCAAGAAAACCUUUUCCCAAGUUUUGAAGAUCAUGAUCGACUUGAUGAAAGGGUUGUCACAGUUGACAUUAGAAGCAAAAGUUUUAGUUGUUCAUGUCGUAUGUUUGAGAACAGGGGCUUUUUAUGUCGACAUGUUUUGAAGAUCUUUGAGUUCUUAGGUGGUUAUGUGCAGUAUCAUUUUUUGAAGACAAUACCUGGACAAUAUGUUUUAAAGCGUUGGACUAGAGAUGUGCGUCUGUCUGUUGAUAAGCUGAAAUCUACCAUCAAUGUUGGCACUGAAGACACCACUCAAGCACAACGAUAUCAACAAAUUUGUGCUGUUACCGUUCAGCUUUCUACACGUUUUUGUGCAGAUCCGGAGGCAUCUCAAAUUUUUCUCGACGGUGUUCUUGAAGCUGGGAAAAAGGCAGAGGAGUUGCUUCUGUCUAAAGGUAUUCAUACAGACCCAUCUUACGUGACAUCAUCAUCCAAGUCUUCAAAAGGAGCUGUUGUCGGUGAACCAUCUACUGGGGUGAAGUCCACAGCACCAAAGUUCAAAGAAAGACCAAAUCCAAUUAAGUCAAAGAAGCGACUUAAAAGUGAUUAUGAAAAAGCUAGAGAAAGACAGAAAUUCCUUAUAAAUCGGAAGAAACAAAAGAGAGAUGAUGAAGCUUUAAAAAAAAAAACGGUCACUGAUUGA